AUGGCGGCGUACGGUGCGGCGCCGAUCGAGGCCGGACGCGUCGACGGCGGCGUCGACGGCGCGCGCGGGAAGGGCGAUUCGACGACGACGUGGCGGCGACGCGCGGGCGUCGUCGUCGCCGCGGCCGCGGUGAUGCUCGGCGCGGUGUCGUGCGCGCGAUCGUGGCGACUCGGCGGGAGGACGAUGGUCCGCACGCGGUUCGCGGUGGACGUCGGGUGCAUCACCAAAGACGCGAUCGAUGCGCACUGGCCAGAGUUUUUUCAGCACGACAUUACGGGCGCCGAGGUCAUUCUCAGGGGGAAGCCGCCGUUUGAAUUCGGUGGGACGAACCGGGACGUGGGGAACAUCCCGCUCACGCAAGAGGGGUUUUCGGCGAUUUAUUCAACCGUGAUGGAUGUGAAAUUGGGGGAACAGUACGGGUUCGCCCUCGUCAACGCCGCCGGCGAGCGCAUGUUCGAACUCGGACACAGUCGACAUUUUAAGCACAUCCAUCGACCGGUACUGAGCGAAGGGUCGUGUGUGGCCGAGGUUAAAGCUGGAGGAGCGGUGUAUCGAAACCGGCAAGUGCCGACGCGACGAAGUCAAAUCACGCUCAACGCCAACGGCGAGUACGAAGCUACGGGAACGUGGGGAUCGUGCGUCGGCGCGAAAUGUCCCGUCACGGUCAAGCUCAUCGCAACCGUCGAAGGAGCUGGAGAUAACGUGUACGGCAUCGAAGAACAAAAGGCGAUGAAAGAAAUCUGGAAAAAGUACAAGGGACACUUUUCCAUCGUCAGCGCCGGCGUCGAAAACACUUGGGGGCUUGACACGGUCACGAAAAAACUCGCGUGGACGAGAAACGCGGAUUUAAACCCAUACAGCGACGCAAACUGGAAAUACGUCACGAACGCGAAUGCCGGAGGCAGUGGAUCCAUCGUAGAUUUCGACGCUGGUUACGAUGACGUGAUGGGCGUCACUUCAGACGAUAAAGUGUGGCAACGUCCCGUCAGCGGUGCCAACCAGUGGACUCCCGCGGGACACGAAGGAAGUAGACUGGUACAAACCACCUUGGGGCGCACGCACGUCUGGGGUGUCAACUCCGGUGGUAACUUGUAUCGCAGCCCCCUUCCUAUGCAUUCUCAGUCUGAGUGGGCUGGUGAAAUCACAGCCGUCACAAAGCAAGUCGAGGUCGGCGACGCGGACUGCUUCGUCUUGUUCACGGACAGCAAAACCCUCAAGAGAAAGCAAGAAAACGGAGGCGGGACGUGGGUGACGAUACUAGACCCCGCGAACAUCCCCGCGGCGGUCGGUGCCAUCGAUCAAGUCGCCGUGGGCGAGACGAGCCUCUGGAUUCUCUCCACCAGCAGAAAACUCUUCUCGUGCAAGCUUCCGUGCAACGGGCCGAGCGACGUGCAACCGGUGCCCGACGCGCCCGCGGGAAUCAUCUCCAUCGACGCCGGCAAGGUGCCGCACCCGUAA